UGACGUCAGGACAGUGAAGGACUCCAGCCUGUGCUGCUCUCCAAACAAUCAAGGCGAUGGUCCUGUCGGCACAGUCGUGCUUUGGAGGGAGACUUUUUCACAGCGAAAGCCAGGGAAACAUUACAACCCCUGAAAUGUACCAGAGCCCACCGGUCGCGGUGGAUUAAAACGGAAACUUUUACGAUGGCCCUGAACGUGAAAAAGUAAUCAAAACAGCAUCAUCCACGCAGCGGACGUUCAAGCCAGCGACGAACGUUAGAUGCACGCGCACUGCUAAUAUGAGCGAACCGAGCCGCCGUCUCAACCCUUGCUGCACUGACACGUUUUUACUGUUUUAACCAGUUGGAGCAGGACAUUGGCCGGCUUUUAUCUGUUUACUAUCAUUUUACACUCAGACUAAGCUACGAGUACGACCUACAGGACCAACCAUGGCAGGCAAGCUGACUGCACAAGGCACGGGAAUACUGCUCGUGACAGCCAACGUCGGCUCCCUCUUUGAAGAUCCUGAAAACCUCCAGAAGACAUGGCUGAGAGAAUUCGAGCAGACCGUACAUUCGCACAAGCCUCACUUCAUCGCGGUGCACUGUCAGGAAGUGGGGGGGAAGAACUGUGAGACGUCCAUGGCACACGUGGACAGUUUUAUCAAAGAGUUGCUGUCCAGCGAUGGCUUGAAGGAGUAUAGCAGAGCCCGUGUCUACCUCGAUGAGAACUAUGAGUCCAAGGAGUUAUUCACAGCACUGGGGAGUUGCUACUUUAUCCACGACUCCUUGAAAAACAUCCAACAGUUUGAUUUCAAAGCAAAGAAAUUCAAGAAGGUGGUUGGCAAGGAGACCUGCUCUGAUACACUAGAAAGCAUACCCAUGCUGGAGAAGCAGAAGUUCCCACAGGAUUACUUCCCAGAGUGCAAGUGGUCCAGAAAGGGCUUCAUCAGAACCCGGUGGGCCUUGGCGGACUGUGCCUUCGACCUGGUUAACAUCCACCUGUUCCAUGACGCCUCCAACCUGGUCGCCCUGGAGAAGAGCCCCUCUGUCUACUCUGGGACCAGACAGAAGGCCCUUGGCUACGUCCUAGACUGGAUCACAGACCAACGGUUCGAAAAGUUGCCGUAUUUUGUCUUUGGGGACUUCAACUUUCGGUUGGACACCAAGCAGGUUAUUGAGAGCCUCUGCUCCACUGCCACUAUGCAGACGGUCCAGGCCGCUGACACCAAUGAAGUCGACAAGCUAAUAUUCAGAGAAAGCGACAACGACAGGAAGGUUGUUCUCGAACUUGAAAAGAAGCUUUUUAAAUAUGCCAACCAGGAUGUUUUCCGGGAAAACAAUGGGACCUCGCUGUUAGUGUUUGACAAAGAGCUGUCUGUCUUCAAGGACCGUCUGCAUGAGCUGGAGAUCACCUUCCCUCCCAGCUACCCAUACAGUGAAGACAGUAGCCAGGGCAAGCAGUACAUGCCCACCAGGUGCCCCGCGUGGUGCGACCGCAUCCUGAUGUCCGCCACUGCCAGAGACUUAGUUCUGAAGCCAGAAAACGAGGAGCGGUCUAUAGUCUACGACAACAUAGGGCCCAACGUGUGCAUGGGGGACCACAAGCCUGUUUUCCUGUCCUUCCGAAUAGCAGCGGGGGCAGGUAAACCUAAUGCAAAUAAGCACAAGUGUUGUGUGGUGCAGUGAUGUCGUGGCAGGGAAAUGGAGCCAAAAGGGGGAGAAGAUAUGCCGUGAAGCGCCUCUGUGAGAACCCAAGAGGAAACAACAACACACACAAACACACACGCACACACAUACACACACAGACUCGCAUUCUCACAAACACACAAACACACAACACUGACCUACACCCACUGACCUAAACACACACACAAAAGCACAGGAGUACAAAAUGCACACACACACACACACACACACACACACACACACACACACACACACACACACACACACACACACACACACACACACACACACACACACACACACACACACACACACACACACACACACACACACACACACACACACACACACACACACACACACAGUAAGAGAAAAGAGCCAACACUAGCGUGUCCAGCAGUGCUGAGCAGUGCUGAGCAGGUUGGGCUGUUGGUCGUGUCUCUCCCUCCACACAGAGCAGAACCCUGAGAAUGUGGACUAGCCACCCCGCCAGCCUGGCUCCAGACUACACACACACACACAUCGCUGACCUCACUGUUGCCAUGCAACCCCAUUCCCUUAAAAGCAAAAACACACAUCCAUAUUAUCUAUAUAUUUAAAACUAUACGGACGGACGGACAGACUUCGUUUUUCAUGUUGUAACCUCCUUGCCAAAACUCUAAGUGGAGUCCCUCCCGACGCCAUGGUUAUUUUAGAUUUUUAUUUUGUCCGUUAAGGUAUGCAUCUACGCAUAGAAGCUAUGGUCCCGUUUGGUAUCUUAAGAUGUUUAAACAAAAGAAAAAAAAAGUGCAAUGCAAAAAAAGUAGUAUGUCUAUUGCUAGGUUUAUUUGUACCCGGGACAGUAUAACAUAGAUUUGUUAAUGGUUUUUAAGUGCUUUGUUUUUUCCGACCCAAACUCUGAGGUCCUUCUGGUUAGAAUCAAGAAUGUUUUUCGAGUUUAAUAUCAAAAGUUUUUUGUUUUUGUUCUUUCUUUUUUUUUAAUGGCGUUGUUAUUUUGAGUUUGAAUUGCUGUCGUCGUCGUCGUUGUUGUGGUUGUUUGCACACAACACUGCCAUGCCUGACACAUCGGUUUGAGUCUCAUUUUAUAUACUGUACUUUUUAAAAAGAGAUAUAAUUUAUAAUUCUUACCAAAAUUGUUAUGCGGAAGGUAUGUCUAGAGACA